UAACCUUUUCCUUGAGGGACUUACUCAGCUUCUCCGACACUCCAAUUCGUCAAUAAUAUUCCAUUCGACUGCGAUUGAAAAUUCUAGGGUUUAUACAAUCACGAAGCUCUGCAUCUACAAAAUAUCUAUUCACAUGAGAAUACUAAAUCAGGCUUUCUGAAGAAUUGGAUUCUAAUAGUUCUCCGCCACUCUCGGAGAAUCCGGAGCGUUGUACGUUGGGUGGUGGAUUGAAUCCCCGGACGAUGACCAGAAAAACUAAUAGCUGUGCUAUUUGCGAGAACUCGAAUCUUGCGUCUAUAUGCCCCAUUUGUGUCAAUUACAGAUUAAAUGAUUACAACACUAACUUGAAGUCGCUGAAGAGUCGGCGGGAUGCUUUGUAUACCAGAUUGAGUGAAGUGCUUGUGGUAAAGGGUAAGGCAGAUGAUCAAUUAAGUUUUAGAGUGCUUCAAAGUGAGAAGCUUGCAAGAUUGAGGGAGAAACUCCGUGUUCGUAAAGAACAACUUUCACAAGGAAAUGCUAAGAUUGAGAAGCUGUCCCAUGAUUUAAAAGUCAAAUAUGAGUCGCUGGAAUCAGCCAAGAGUAUGCUGGAAAGAAAUCGUGUAGAACAACUGGAAAAGUUCUAUCCUAAUCUUAUCUGCACUCAUCGCUUGGGGCUUAUGGCAAUUACCUCUGAUCGUCUUUAUAAGCAGUCAGUGGUUAUAAAACAGAUUUGCAAGUUGUUCCCACAACGUCGGGUGGAUAUAGAGGGAGAUAAAAAAGAUGGGUCUAAUGGCCGAUUUGAUAUGAUUUGCAAUGCACGUCUACCAAGAGGACUUGAUCCCCAUUCAGUUCCAUCUGUCGAGCUUGCUGCUUCUUUGGGGUAUAUGGUGCAGCUUCUGAAUCUUGUUGUUCACAAUGUCGGCGCUCCUGCACUCCAUAACUCUGGUUUUGCGGGUUCAUGCUCGCGAAUAUGGCAACGAGAUUCUUAUUGGGAUGCCCGCCCCUCUUCCAGAAGCAAUGAAUAUCCACUUUUCAUACCACGGCAGAAUUAUUGCUCUACCAGCACGGAAACUUCAUGGUCUGAAAGAAGCUCAAGUAAUUUUGGUGUAGCUUCAAUGGAAUCAGAAAGGAAGCCCCGUUUGGAUUCUUCUCGUAGUAGUAGCUUCAGUUUUUCUUCUGCUUCACCUCAUUCUGUUGAAACGCACAUGGACCUGCAGAAAGGGAUUUCACUUCUCAAGAAAAGUGUGGCAUGCAUAACAUCAUUCUGUUACAACUCCUUAUAUCUAGAUGUUCCCCCCGAGGCGUCUACCUUUGAAGCCUUUGCAAAGUUGUUAGCAACUCUAUCGUCUUCCAGGGAGGUUCGAUCGAUUUUUUCCUUGAAGAUGGCUUCUUCAAGGUCAUCUAAGCAAGUUCAACAACUGAACAAAUCUGUUUGCAAUGUCGAUUCAGGCAUUUCAUCAAGUACAUUAUUUGAGAGUGCACAUACAUCGCCCAUAAUGAGAAAUUUGAAUGACACCAAUUUCCCAAGUUCUGCUGCCAGUUAUCUUUAUGCCACUGAAUUAUCUGAUAUGGGAAAGAAUGAAAAUCUUAUUGACGGGUGGGAUAUUGUGGAGCAUCCCACUUUUCCUCCCCCUCCAUCACAGGUUGAGGAUGUGGAGCAUUGGACUCGAGCAAUGUUUAUUGAUGCAACAAAGAAAUGA